GUCUGUACAUGUAAGCAUCUUGACUCUCAUGGUUGUAGCUGGGGACCGAUAUAUCGCGAUACUUCAUCCGAUCAAAUCGAGAGUAGUAAAACGGAACGCAUGGUUGGUUAUCGCCUCAGUGUGGCUGUUCUCCACGGCUAUCAAUAUACCGUUGGUCAUCUAUCAGCACUUUCUGGAACAUGUCUGGCCGAACGGAGAAAUUCGGAGAUACUGCUUCGAGCACUGGGGCGUAGUCGGGAAGGAGCAAUGGCCUCUUGCGAAAGAGAUGUAUACCUUCACUACCUUCGUAUUUGUCUAUGUAGUCCCACUCGUACUAAUGUCUGUUGCCUAUGUCCGUAUUGGUAUGACCCUCAGUUACCGGAGCAUCAGUGGGCCAGGCGUGUCCGUUAAAGCAACAAUCUCUGUUCAGGAUAAGGCUCGCAAAAAGGUAGUAAAAAUGAUGAUCGUUGUGGUGAUAACGUUUGCUCUCUGCUGGUUGCCAUAUCACAUCUACAACCUCUACAUGCAUAUCCAACGUGCGGGUGCGACGAUGGACCUAGAUAUCUCCUUCUUCGUCAUGUGGCUUGGCUACGCCAACUCUGCGAUGAACCCUUUCAUCUACUGCGGCUUCAACGAGAACUUCCGCCGAGGUUUCACCGACGCCUUUACUGGCCGCUGGUGUAGAAAGCAACCAUCGCACCAGAAAUUCCCCACCGGAACGACGACGAAGUCGGUGACGACCUCGAUGCUCACACACACCGACCACAUCGAUCCGACCUCUAUGGAGUCGAUGUUGUAAUUCGAGACGGCCGUGACGUAGAGCGAACGGAAAUGGACCAUGAUAGUAUCAGGACUUUAAUUCGUUACUAUAUGACUAGAACGGUAGGCGGUAGAGAACAACCCGCCAGGACGAACUCGAAGAAUGUUCGGUUUUCACUGCCCAACUACACAGUCGAGUGUAAUCAAGUUUCAGAUUCUUGGAAAUAUAUUUAUCCUUUUUUCAUCAACCCAUGAUGUACAAAAUGAAGAUGGAGCCACUGUAUAUAUAUUCUUGCCUAUCAUCACACAAAGGAACGGUGACACGACAUUUGCCCCUGCGACAUUUGCUCCUGUCUUAAUAUAUCAGAGGGCAUUUUGGUUCAGAAUAAUGUAAAGAUAAGGAUUAGGGUUUUGAAGGUUGGAUUUUAACGUGCAUAUUUUCCAUCGGAGCAAUUGUCGCCGCGGCAAAUAUCAUGGACCCAAAGGAACAGUCAAGAUGUUUAGCAUUUUUACCUCGCUUUUCUGGCUUUUGGUUAAUAGCCAGACAUCGAAAUGAGAAUUAUUUUUGUUACUUUAAUCGGACAGAUAGUCUGAUUUGAGAGAUAACCAUACAGCUUCCACUGAUAUCGUCGUUAGCAUUAUUAUGGAGUUUCGCAACUCCACGCAGAACGGAUUCAAGCACACAGUAAAUCUAUUGGAAAUGCCUGUCAAAGCCAAUUACUGCUUGUAGCGUGACUUAUUGGCUCACAAAAGUUAAACUCACAUAUAAUAACUCAAACUUCGUCCUCGAAAUACAAAUUUUUCACAAAAUUAUUGAUACAAUUAUUCUGAUUGGUUAGUCAUUUCAUGUCGCAUACAACUAUGAUCUUGAUUUGUGAUUUCAAGUUUUGCGACUAAUCGCACUGCUUUUUGUGUUACUGAGCACGGGGUAGAUCAACUCGACACAAAAAUAGCUUUAAUCAUUUCGAGUCGCACAAUACUUUUUCUUGGAAAAAAGAGUGGACCCGUUUACUCUUAAAGGAGUUGGUUUAUAUAGAGUGAAUUUCAAGCGAAUUCGAAGCUUAUUAUAACCUUGAAAUGCUAUUUAUUAUCAUUCAGUCUUGGACUAGACUGGCGGAAAUGGGACUCAUUGCACCCUUUAUUGAUAACUGAGGAAUAUCAUUUAAUAACCUUUUAAUCAUUUUGAUCAAGAAUUGAUUAAAAAAAACAGAAUAUCCAAAUGCAUUAAUGGAUCAUAAUUAUAUGCUGGUAAUAUUAUAUUAUUGUAUCUUAUUCCGGAGAAAGGAAGUUGUGUAAAUCUUUUUAUUAUUGUCAUUGCCAAAUAUUGACCCUUCAUAAUAGUUUCUUGUUGUAUUGCUUCGUUCCCUCUCAUACACUCAGCCAAUCCUCAAUAUUAACUGCACAUCGUAUUAUCCAUUUUAACUUGCAUGAAUCAUGUAAUACUAGUGUAAAGUUAUUGCUAAAGUUUCUAUAAUUGAAAGUUUUCGUGUAAAUUUAGAUCCGAUGAAAUAUUGAAUGCUUUUGCACAUCAUAGUUCCGGGGUAAACACGCCAUGGCUUCCCGACACCUCACCAGCUUAUAAGACUGUAUUUAGCUUUGGUAUUUUCUGUAUAACAUGAAGUUGUUGCCAAUUCAUUUGAGAGAAUGGAUGAUCCCAAAGCGGUAAAUCAAUGUCUAUUUGGUGGUAAUGACUAUUCAAAAUCAGUUUUUGUCUCACCUGCAUAGCAGAGUGAGACUAUAGGGCGCCGCUUUUCCGACGGCGGCGGCGUCAACACCAAAUCUUAACCUGAGGUUAAGUUUUUGAAAUGACAGCAUAACUUAGAAAGUAUAUGGACCUAGUUCAUGAAACUUGGCCAUAAGGUUAAUCAAGUAUUACUGAACAUCCUGCCUGAGUUUCAUGUCACAUGACCAAGGUCAAAGGUCAUUUAGGGUCAAUGAACUUAGACCAUGUUGGGGGAAUCAACAUCAAAAUCUUAACCUAAGGUUAAGUUUUUGAAAUGUCAUCAUAACUUAGAAAAUAUAUGGACCUAGUUCAUGAAACUUAUACAUAAGGUUAAUCAAGUAUCACUGAACAUCCUGCAUGAGUUUCACAUCACAUGACCAAGGUCAAAUGUCAUUUAGGGUCAAUGAACUUUGGCCGAAUUGGGGGUAUCUGUUAAAUUACCAUCAUAACUUUGAAAGUUUAUGGAUCUGAUUCAUGAAACUUGGACAUAAUAGUAAUCAAGUAUUACUAAACAUCCUGUGCAAGUUUCAGGUCACAUGAUCAAGGUCAAAGGUCAUUUAGGGUCAAUGAACUUUGGCCAAAUUGGGGUAUUUGUUGAAUUACAGCCAUAAAUUUGAAAGUGUGUUGGUCUAGUUCAUAAAACUUGGACAUAAUAGUAAUCAAGUAUCACUGAACAUCCUGUGCGAGUUUCAGGUCACAUGAUCAAGGUCAAAGGUCAUGUAAGGUCAAAGAACUUUGGCCACGUUGGGGGUAUUUGUUGAAUUGCCAUCAUAUCUCUAUAAGUGUAUUGGUCUAGUUCAUAAAACGUGGAAAUAAGAGUAACCAAGUAUCACUGAACAUCUUGUGCGAGUUAUAGUAGUUUUCAAAAUCAGCACUGCUGCUAUAUUGAAUCGCGUGAUGCAGGUGAGACGGCCAGAGGCAUUCCACUUGUUUUUUCUUAAGACGGACGAAGAAUGAAGUCAGUUGCCACUAGAUAACCACCUGUCACUGUAUUAGUUUAGUUUAAUGUGUGAUUAAAUAGCACAAGAGCAAAAUUACCAAAAUAUUAAUCGGGCCAAUGAUUCUGACCACUCCAACAGCGAUUUAACACGUUCACACGUAAUUGGUCGAUUGCCCAUUUUAUUAUUUUGAUGCAAGAUGAAAGAGUAAUUUCUUGCGGACAUAAAAAAAGAUUCGUACCGGGAAUCGAAUCCCAGACUUUCUGCGUGAUAACGCAGGGAAAUCGAUAAUUUCAAGUCAAGAAAUAUAAUGUAACGGAUUCACAAGUGACAGCGCCAACUACCAUGACUACGGACAGUAGUAUUUCGUUGUGUUUGCUGAUGCAUUAGCUGAUGAUGGAUCCUCCAACAUUAUAUGUUAAACUUCCAAAAAAUAAAAAAAAUAAAUUUAAAUAUGAAAACUUUUUACUCAUUAUGAAAAAAUAAAGUUUUCGGAUAUGUUGGAAGUUUUUCUUUCUUUUCUUUUUACACAGGUAUAUUCAAGUUCUUUUCUGUUGAAUCUUUGAACCAAGCUUUAAGAAAUGUAUGAAUUUGGACACGGCCGUACGCAGAAAUUUUUCGCUGGGGGGGGGGGCAGCAGGCGUAAACUUUUUCGAAAAAAAAUCGAAAGAGAGGGAGCAAAGCGACCGAGCUUGUCAUUGGGGGUGUUUUUGCAUUUUGUCAAGUGAAAUUGAAGGAUUUGGUGCAUACUUUUGGUGAAUUUUGUGAAAAUUUGAUUUUCGCUACCUAAUACUGUGCGUGACACGAAAAGUUAAGUCUAUCAUCAUAAAUCUUGGGAAAUAUUAAUUAUUCGGUCGGGUGCAAAUAGUGCUCACGAGUUCUAGAACUUGCCCAAUGAUAGGCCAGAUAAAUUUGUGACUUGCCACUACUCGGGAUGAUGUGCAUAUAUAGUGGUAAAUCGUAUUUGCCAGACAUUCAGUAACCAUUUGCGCACAAAGUAAGGUUCAAACCAAACACAUACAUGUAGACAUGGUAGAUGCUAAAUGGAAUCGAAAAUAUAUUUUUAUAUUUGUCCAUUAUGUAAAGGUUUAUGUUGCGAUUGGAAGUGAAGUGUUUUCAAAUUACCAUUCAAUAAUUUGAAUGAUAAAAAGAAACAUGGAUAAUGUAAUAUGAUUUAUGUUCGAUGGAAAAGAAAACAUAAUAAAUGUUUGAGUUUAAA